AAUUUUGCUUACACUCAAAACUACCAUAUAUAGAUUCUAAAUAACCUCGUCGUAUUCGUUCAUGCCAUUAAAGCCACAGUCGCUGCUCAACCUCGCCGUUUCCACAACCCCUCGCCGCCGGAGAUAAGCCAUAGUCGCUGCUCAACGUUUCCACAGAACUUCGUCGCGACUUUCUUCGCCCUUCGAUUGCGACCCAGCCGUCAACCACACCGAAGAUCGACUCCCUCGCCGGAGAUCGCAGGACUCGUCGCUGCAAGUGGAGUUCUUCGCGACUUCCUUCGCCACUCAGAUUGGGGACCAGCGACGCGUGCUUUGCCGAACAGUGUCGAAUAGGGUUUUCGAUUUCGCUUCAGUCGCGAGCCAUUUCUCCCUCGUAUUCACCGCACUGCGUAUUCCUCCACCGCCCAAACCUCAACGAUUCAGGCACACCAGCAAUCGCCACGAGAAUUCGUUCUGCAUCUCCUCAUUUCCGGCAAAGCCAUUACUAGCACGGACGAGAUUUCAUUGUGAUUGGAAAAAAAAAAUAAACCAUUUAUUGCAUCAAAGACAAUUAUCCUGUCAUGCCCAUAGAUAAAUCAUGGAUAUCUAAACCACGAAACACCAUUGAAUACACAAAUGGGUUGAAGGUUUUUUUGAAUUUUGCUUUCAAACAUGAUAAUGGUCAUGCGAUUAAGUGUCCAUGUUCAAAGUGUGGUUUCAGAAAAUGGCAAACUAGGGAUAUAGUUCAAGAACACUUAACAUGUAACAUUUGUUUUCUUUUUUCUUAAUCAAAUGUAACAUGUGCUUGUAUAUAAGGAAUGUUAUAUCAUUUAUUAUAAGUUUUAUCAAGCAAAGUUUCUUAAUUUUAAACAAAUUUUUUUGCAAGCGAUUGCAUUGGAUACAACCUUUAAUUAGAUUGUUUAUUUAGGCAAUAUAACAUCAAUUACUCUUUGUUAAGCAACUUGGGUUAUGGAGAAGUUGGUUUUACACUGGACAACAUGUCUCCCAACUGGAGAGAAGCCAACAAAGGUUCAGCAACAAUGUCAAUAGUGCAGUCUUAAGCACUCAAAUGCUACUAUGUAAUGAAUAGUCUUAUCAAUUCUUAUUAAAAAAAAUGUGCAGCAUGUUGUGGUGAUUAUGAGUGUUGUUCACUGAAGGUAAGGCAUGAGAAACAGAAAGAGAGAAACACUCCAAAGAAACAACGCUCUUCUUUUCUCUGCAACAUUCACAACACUCUGCCAAACCAAAUCACUCUCACAUCUUUCUCUUCUCCAAGUGUUUCUCCUCUAUCCAUCGCGACACCUCGAUACUGUCAAAGGCAACCCAGCCACCACAGUGCGACUUUGACGGGUCGCAGACCCACGGCACUACGAGGACAAUGUAUAGCCACCACACCGCCACGGAUAGCGACGAUUUGGAUGAAGGGCGACCAUCACGAUAUAGAAUUGUUAAAACUCAAGUAGCCAAGAUAAAGUGUUAGGAACAAUAGACAAAUCGGCGACAAACGCCGCAACAACACUGAAGAACAGAAACAAGCACAAGAGAAAUUGAAGGCCAGUAGGGAGCCCAAAAAAUUAAUCACAAUGUCGGAGUGCGAAAGAUAAACAUCAACAUAAAGCCUAACUCAGAAGAAAAAGCGACGGGGAACAAAAUCCAAUUUCAAAUAAGACAAUCACCAAAUGUGAAUAGAAGGUUCCAUACACAAACUGGAUUUUACUUCAAACAGUUGGAAGGGAGAGAAAAGAGAAUCGAAUCGAAUAGAUUGAUGCGCGUGAGUUUCAAAGUGAGAGGGUACCAUGGGCAUUGGAGUGUUGAGAGUGAGUGCAUGGGGAAGGCAAAGGGGAAUGCCAGUGCCUGGAAUUCCCUUCUUCGCAUGCACUCCACCCAUGGAUUGCCCCAAAGUGUUCUUCGAUGUUUUGCUUCUUUCCUUAACUCUGGCCAUUCCCCUGAUCAGUUCACUUUCGCCAUCACUCUGUCCGCCUGUGCAAAGCUACAAAAUGUCGAGUUGGGGAGGGCAGUUCACUGUUGCAUAAUUAAGAGGGGUCUUCAAUCUGCCUCCUUCUGUCAUGGCGCACUUAUCCAUCUUUAUGCCAAUUCCCACUCUCUCACUUCUGCUCGCACCCUAUUUGACGCCGCACCCUCCCCUCAUCUUCACCCUGUUUCUUGGACCUCUUUAAUCUCUGGUUAUGUUCAAGCUGGCUUGCCUGAGCAGGCACUCCAUGUAUUUGAAAAAAUGCUCACCACUACUUCUCCCGCUUCUUUUCCAAUUCUAGACCCUGUGGCACUUGUCACCGUCUUAAACACUUACACCUCUUUAGGAAAGCUGGACAAUGCUUGCCAAUUGUUUGCACAAAUGCCCAUCUCCACCCGAAAUGUUGUGGCCUGGAAUGUCAUGAUUUCUGGUCAUGCCAAGAGAGGCCAUUAUCAGGAGGCUCUUGCCUUCUUUCGUCAAAUGAGUAAGCAUGGUGUCAAAUCCACAAGAUCCACACUCGCAAGUGUUUUGAGUGCAAUUGCCAGUUUAGCCGCCCUCCAUCACGGCUUCCUAGUUCAUGCCCUAGCUAUCAAGCAAGGCUUUGACUCCAGUAUAUACGUUGCAAGUUCUUUGAUCAAUAUGUAUGGCAAGGGUGGGAUGCUGGAUGCUGCACGCCAAGUAUUUGAUGCUGUAUCUCACAAAAAUAUGAUUGUCUGGAACACCAUGCUCGGGGUUUAUUCACAAAAUGGCUAUUUAAGUAAUGUCAUGGAGUUGUUCUCGGAUAUGACAAUAUGUGGCGUUCACCCAGAUGAAUUUACCUACACCAGCAUUUUGAGCUCGUGUGCAUCCUUUGAAUACAUACGAAUUGGUCGCCAGUUGCAUUCAACUAUUAUCAAGAAGGGUUUUACCUCAAAUUUAUUUGUCAACAAUGCAUUGAUAGAUUUGUAUGCCAAAGUUGGGGCUUUGACGGAAGCUACUAAGCUGUUUGAGCUCAUGACAUACCGAGAUCAUAUUUCCUGGAAUGCCAUUAUUGUUGGAUAUGUGCAAGAAGAAGAGGAGGCUGGUGCUUUCAGUUUGUAUCAAAGAAUGAACUUGGACGGCUUUGUACCUGAUGAGGUAUCUUUGGCCAGCAUACUUAGUGCAUGUGGAAAUAUUAAGGUUCUUGAAGUAGGGCAGCAACUCCAUUGCCUGUCAGUUAAGUUGGGUUUAGAAACAAACCUUUUUUCUGGAAGUUCUCUUAUUGACAUGUAUUCGAAGUGCGGAGACAUUGAAGAUGCACAAAAAAUUUAUUCUAGCAUGCCUGAACGAAGUGUGGUCUCCUUUAAUGCUUUGAUAGCAGGAUAUGCUCCAAAAGACAUAAAAGAAGCUAUUAGUCUUCUUCAUGAGAUGCUGAUACUGGGACUGAAGCCAUCUGAGAUUACAUUUGUAAGCCUCAUAGAUGUUUGUAAGGGUUCUGCAAAGGUACUUUUAGGCAUGCAGAUCCAUUGUGUUGUAGUGAAGAGGGGCCUCUUAUGUGGUAGCGAAUUCUUAGGAACCUCUUUGUUGGGCAUGUAUAUGGACUCCCAAAGGCUUGCAGAUGCAAGCAUUCUUUUCUCGGAGUUUUCUAACCUUAAAAGCACGGUAAUGUGGACCGCUUUAAUUUCAGGAUAUACUCAAAAUGAGUGCAGUGAUGUGGCCUUAAACUUGUAUCAGGAAAUGCGGGGCAACGAUAUCUUACCCGACCAAGCAACUUUUGUUACUGCCCUUCGAGCUUCUGCUCUCUUAUCCUCAUUGCAUGAUGGUAGAGAGAUACAUUCUCUAAUCUUCCAUACUGGUUUUGACUUAGAUGAGUUAACGGGUAGUGCCCUUGUAGACAUGUAUGCAAAAUGUGGCGAUGUAGAAAGUGCUGUUCAAGUUUUUGAUGAAUUGCCUAUUAAAAAGGAUGUGAUUUCUUGGAACUCGAUGAUAGUUGGAUUUGCCAAAAAUGGUUAUGCUGAAAGCGCCUUGAAGCUCUUUAAUGAGAUGGCUCAAUCAUGCAUUACUCCUGAUGAAGUAACAUUUCUUGGAGUGCUCACUGCUUGUAGCCAUGCGGGGUGGGUUUAUGAGGGUCGUCAAAUUUUUCACGUCAUGGUAAACUAUUAUGGAAUUGAGCCCAGAGGGGAUCACUACGCUUGCAUGGUUGAUCUACUUGGUAGGUGGGGUUUUCUCAAGGAAGCUGAAGACUUCAUUGACAAACUAGAAGUUGAACCCAAUGCUAUGAUUUGGGCCAAUUUAUUGGGUGCUUGCAGAAUACAUGGGGAUGAAAAGAGGGGACGGAGAGCGGCUAAGAAACUUAUCGAGUUAGAACCCAAAAACUCUUCUUCAUAUGUACUGCUUUCAAAUCUGUAUGCUGCCUCUGGACUUUGGGAUGAAGCUAGAUCUUUGAGGAGAACAAUGAUAAAGAAAGAUAUCCAAAAAAUGCCUGGCUGUAGCUGGAUCGUUGUGGGACAAAAUACAAACCUAUUUGUUGCGGGUGAUAAGUCACAUCCUAGUUGUGAUGAAAUUUCACUAGCAUUAAAGCACCUGACAGCACUAAUUAAAGACAAUAGAUUCCAUGAUGUUGGAAUUUCCUGGGUUAGUUAAAUGUAGUUAUUCUAUGUGAUUGAGUGGACGUCAAGUUUAAUUGGAUCUCAUCACUUGAAGGCUGUUUUAAGGAUUUGAUUCUUGCCAAAUCAUAAAUAUGUUGGUGUUGGGGAGUUUAUUCAACCAAAUCUCAUCACAUGAAGCUGUUUGUGCUAUAGGUUGUAUUUGUUAUGAACUUUUAGCCUUGAUGUCUAGGCAUCUACAUCCUCAAUCAUUGCACUCGAGUUCUGUUUUAAUGGGGAACUUUUGUCCACAUUCCUCUCAGCUUACAUCAUGUUCCAAGUGAUGAAUGGCAUUUGUGUGUCUUUCAAACUCAACUUUAUGGAUAGCAUAAAUAGUUUAUUCGGUAAGUUAGCCCCAUAAACAAUUAUUUGUUGUGAUUUGUCCAAGGAAGGAUUGACGGAGGAGGAUCAACCGACCAGGUGACUCAUGCAAAGAUCUCUUACAUAUCUAGUUUUGCGGCAUUGGAUUGUUUUCUCGAGGUUAUCACUAUUGUUAUUGGAAGGGACAUUCUACUCUAUAAUAAUUUUCCUUGCUAACAAGGAACAGUUAGUGCAACUAAUGUUUGAAACAUUCAACAUAUCAGGGUUUUAUGCUUCUGAACAAGCGGUGCUGUCACUGUAUGCUGUAGGACGUAUCUCUGGAUGCACAGUUGACAUUGGUCAUGGAAAAAUAGAUAUUGCACCAGUGAUUGAGGGUGCUGUUAACCACAUUGCCUCUAGAAGAUUUGAGUUUGGAGGUAUUGAUCUACCUAAUUUCCUUGCUCAAGAACUUGGCAAAUCCAAUCUGCGAGUGAAUCUCAACAUCUCUGACGUUGAGAAAAUAAAACAGCUAUACUCAUGCUGUGCUGAAUGAAUUAGCUUAUCAGCAGACUCAAGAUUCUUGCCCAGUGGAGACAAUACCCUUCCUGAUGGACAG